AUGGCUACUAGGAUGAAGAUCAAAUUUGACAAAUAUUGGGGUAAUGUUGAAAAACAAAAUCUGCUUCUUUAUGUGGUUGUUGUUCUUAAUCCUAGGUACAAGCUGAAAUUUGUAACAUGUUGUUUGAAGAAACUAUAUAGUGCGGAUGAAGUUAAAACUCUCAUUAUGUCUGUGAAAAGUUGUUUUUCAAAGCUAGUUAGCCACUAUUCCAAUGAACUCAAAUUGAAAAAUCCAGAAGUUAGUAAUAAUCAAAGUGGGUCAUCCAUUCAAGAAAAAGUCCCAAUGAUGGAUUCAGAUGAUGAUGAUUCUGUUAACAUGUUUGAAUCUGAUUUUGAUAAAGAAUGUGAUGAAGAUGAUGUGUUUAGACAUCAGAAAUGA